UUCCCCAGGGGAGUGAAGGAACUGAAAGAGGAGGUAGACUGGAAUGAAUGAAGGAUCUAGACCAACAUGGGGGGAAAAAGGAGCUUUGGAAUAAGCAAACAGCGCGACUCUGGGUUUUAAAUUUUUACUCAGGACAGGUUGAGAGUUGGAUUACCAGUGUUCAGAACGUCUGCAUUCACGGGCUGAAGCACUGCAUGAAGUAAGAGGUGAAGAUGCGUGUUCACGGGUGGCUGCUUUGCGUUUUCUGCUUCCACUCCUGCAUUGGGUUCUCACAGCGGUGUAGGUUCCACAAUAUUUGCCAAACGGAGAGAAGCGUGCUGGACGGGGGCUCAAAGGGCCGUGUCAAAGAGCAUGUCCGUCACAGCGUGGGACACCAGGAGGCGCCUCACAGGAACAGGCCCCACCGCAGAAAAGGUACCAGAGCUCAGACUGAGGACAUAGCACCAAGCAUUGUCCACCAGCCCUCUGAUGUGGUGGCGAAACUGGGCAACCCUGCCACUCUCUCAUGCCGGGUGGACGGUAGCCCCAAGCCCACCAUCGAGUGGCUGAGGAACGGUCAACCCCUGGGGACUGAGAUGGGGGCUGGCCCGGGUCAACCCCUGGUUCUGUCAGAGGGGAGCCUGUUCUUUCUAAGAGUUGGAGGAGGCAAGCGAGGCCAGUCCCAUGAGGGCGUCUACGCCUGCGUUGCCAGAAACAGCGCCGGUGUGGCCAUCAGCCGCAACGCCUCGUUGUUUAUAGCAGUUCUUAAGGAUGAGUUCAGAGCAGAACCUAGUGAUGUGGAGGCGGCUGAAGGGGAGGCGGCCGUCUUAAAUUGUGAGCCACCGCUGGGACGCCCAGAACCUAAUGUAUUGUGGAAGAAGGACGGCAUUCCCAUCAACAACACGGACCCCCACUACACAAAGCUGAGUGGGAAGCUGAUCGUUGAGCCUGCAGAGAAGAGCCAUUCUGGGUCUUAUGUCUGUGAAGCCAGAAACAUCAUGGGAGUGAGACAGAGCAGGCCGGCUCGGCUUUCUGUGCUGGCCAAACCUGCUUUUGUUCUGAGGCCAGAAAAUGUGUCUGUGAGGACGGGAGAGUCCGCCCACUUCCACUGCCAGGCUAAAGGUGACCCCCCUCCUGCUGUGGCGUGGAGCCGAGACCGAAGCCCUCUGCCCAAUGGCAGGUAUCUCAUCAACCCAGACCAGACUCUGCAGCUCCAUUAUGUGACGGCGCAGGAUGCUGGCCUGUACACCUGCACUGCUGCCAAUCAUGUAGGUGUUGUCAGGGCCACCGCAACGCUUCAAGUCCAAGAAGCUCCCAGAAGUGAACAGAGGGAUUUCCACAGAGAGCUUUCCGCCUUACGAGUGGCUCUAGAUAACGUCGCCAUGGCGGCCUCUGGAUCCAACAUGUCUCUGGUUCAGUGGAAGCUCCAGAACUUCCCAGCUCAGCCACACUACCUGGAUGGCUUUGAGGUUCUCUAUCGCUCCCUGCUGCCUGCCAGCUCCGACUGGGCAGGAAAGAAGGUCUCACUGCCGAGCUUCCAGACGCAGGUGGGACCCCUGAAGAGGGGCUACAAGUAUGAGUUCAAGGUCCGUCCUUAUGGCAGCAGCUUGUUUGGAAGGGAGAGCAACACCCGGCAUCUCAGGGUCCCUGAGAAAGUGCCCAGUGCCCCCCCACAGGCAGUGUCCAUAACAGUGGACCAUGAGAAGAACAACAGCAUCCGUCUGAGCUGGGAGCCUCCUCCUCAUGACAGCCACAAUGGGGUCCUCCAGGGCUACCAGGUGUGGUGUGUGGAUUCGGAGGAGCAGCAGCAUCAGAACUGGACGGUGGACAGCAGUCAGCACAGCCUGGACAUCUCCUCCCUGAAACCAGACAAACAGUACUGGAUCACCAUGGCGGCUGUGAACGGUGCUGGAGUCGGCGCGCUUAGCGACCCUCACGGGUUUUUCAUCAACCCACAGCUUGGAGCCGCCGCACACUGGGACAGAAAACCUGCCCUGGCCCUGCUCCAGGAGCCGGAGUUCAUUGGCAGCGUUGGUGCCCUCCUGUGGUGCCUUCUGAUGAUUGCAGCUGUUGUUCUGUUCAGAUGCCGCAGCAGCAGGGGGCGCCUGUUAGCUCAGCAUGGCAAGGCUAAAGGUCUGCGUAGAUUGGCCAGUGAAGAUCUCAUCAUCAAACACAGGAUGGCCGUCCCAGAUUCUCCGUGGAUCUCUGGAAGCUGGAGGCCUCCCUUCAGCCAGAAGUACCAGGACCUGUGGGCUCAGGGUAGCAACCACCCUGGACUCAGGAGCACCAGUCUCCCAGUCUCCUCCAAGCAGGACGGCGGGAUCCUGGACUCAGCUGUUCCCAUUGUGACAGACAGCUGUGGCGUCUACGGAACCUUCUAUGUGGACCUGCAGGGGAGGGGCCUGAAGACCUUCAGCAGUCCUGGACGCUGCCCUAAAAUGCCUCAUGCUCCGCCUGAUCAGCAAGGAGCUGAGACGAUCCAGAUCAGCUCUCAGCCCAGCUCCAAGUCCUCCUCCCUCAGCGGCCAGGAGGCUCUGCCCUGGAAGCAGGCCAUAAGGCCUCAGCCUAAGAUGGGCGUGCUGAGGGAAUCAUGGGAGAAGAGGAACUGUGGGAAGCAAGAGCUGCACGCAGUAAACAGCGUCCCCGUGCUUUCCUCCAGGAAGCAGGCCUGGCCUUCCACUUUCUGCACACAGAGACUCAGUCACAUUCCAGCAGGACGCCAUGGUGGAGCUGCAGACUGUGGAGAAGCUGCUGCUGGAUCUCGCCUGCUGCAUUAUUCUGCUUCCCUGCAUCUAGUGGACCUGCUGCCCCCCCCACCGCCAACGGCCACAGAGAGAAACACCCUGUCCUCAGAUGAAGGUUCCAGUGAGUCCACAAAGCUUACAGAGGACAUGGGCUCCAUCCCUUCAAUAAGUCCUUCAUCAGGCUACCGUGGACAAGCAGGAGACAUUAGGAGCAGCUCCAGCCACCCGUCCACUCCAUCGUACUCCACUUUAAUGGAGAAUGAUCAGAGUGCCUCCCUGACAGCAAAGGAAGCCACCGAGUACCUGGAGCUCAGCCCAAAACCUGAGAGAUACAGCAGUGUCUUGCCCUCCCUGCCCCUCAGCUUCUCCUCCACCCUGGGCAGCACCUGUGGGCCGGUUAGCUCCGCUGAUCUGGAGGAUGAGGAGGCACCUGCUGGAACUCCAUCUUUACAGGCCAUGCUGCAUCGUCCUCGCUUUCAGACCUCGCCAUCCUCCUGCUACAGCGACUGGGACAGCUCUCUGUGGAACACCUGGAGCUCGGCCAUGGACAGCAACCGAACCAGCCUCAUCAGUUCUGUGGACAGCUGCUACACCAACGACAGCUCCACAUUUGCUCACCUGCUGGCUGUGGCUGCAGAGCGCAGUGGAGCCUCUCUGUCAGACUUCUCUCCGCCGGCCUCCCCUCUCAGCGCCUUGUACCCGUCGCUCUGCCCGGACGGUGAUGCCUUCAGGGACCUGGAGGCCGUUCCUGCGUGGGACUGGAGCAUGGCCUGGCUGGAGGAGAUGGACGCCCAGUACAGAGCCCACUAUCCCAGCAGAAGCACCAGACCCUCGAACACAUAGAAGCUCAGAUCCCACUGCUGCGUUUCUCCAGACUGAGUUUGAAAACGUCGGCGUUUCCAAUUGUUUCUAACAGUUUUCCUUCUUUACCUCAGGGCACUUCAGCUACUGUAAAUCUAUGAAACGACUUUCAGAGCCACAGAAGUUUUCUACUUGAAUCAUUUUACUGAAAGAUGCAAGCAGAGAUAUCUGCAGCAGGAUCCAGAGACACGGACACUCUGACAGAAAACACGUUUCCUGUUUUUGUUGCAGGAUUUUAUUCAGAACUUGCUUUAAACCAAUUUAAAGCUUUUUGGUUUUAUUUGUUCUCUAUGCCAGCAAAGGUCACUGAAUUUAUCUGAACUAUGAUCCAAAUCCUCCAGGUUCCUACUCUCUUCAGCGCCUCUCUGUGUCCAACGUUCUGCUCCAGGUUAGUCUGUUCACUGCUCUCCCUGCAGGCCGUGUUUCCAUCCAGAAGACGGGGCCUCCAGUGUGGCCAACUCCCCAGCAAGAAAAGUCUGUAUUGGCUGUCCUAAAAGGCACUAGAUGAUGUCAUAGCCUAAUUCGCAUGCUUCGUGCCAUCCAGCUGCAGGAGAUUCUGAAUCCCUCCAACGUUUUUUUCCUUUGGCUGUUAAAGCAGCACAGAGAGUUUGGAUAUCUGGGAGGAAGAAAGGUGGAGAUUUGAACAGUUUUAUUAAGAAUUGUACAGAAACAAGGAAAGAAAAUACACAUAAUUCAGAUAUGUAGUUCCACACUGCAUAACAAACGGUGAAAUUAUUGCAGCAUUAGCUGUUUGCCUUCCAGCAAUACAAAGUAAAAAAUAAAAAC